AUGCGAGACGACCCUGCAACGACAACGGGAAACAUUCUGAGUGCAGUCAGGCAACAUCACAAAUGUGAUCUAAAGGUCAUGCUAUGUGUGAGCUUACUCCUAUUCCAUGAGACGAUGUAUAUAUUGUUGCUGAUAAACGGUCUUACAGAGUCAACCUUUGAUUAUCAUUAUUCUACUGUUCAAUCUACCAUCCUCGUCAUUGCACGAGACCAGGAUGCAGCCAAAUCGGCAACAUCUGGGUUGAAUGGCUAUGGCAUCCCAUUCGAAACACUUUUGGUUCCUCAAGCGGGUAUUACACUCCCGGCUCUGACGUCUUCAUCCGGCGGAAAUUAUGGCGGUCUUGUCGUCGCAUCAGGUCUCGCGUACGAUUAUGGUGGCACAACAGGCUGGCGCAGUGCUCUGACAGAUGAUCAAUGGAACCAACUCUAUAAUUACCAAACCGCUUAUGGAGUCCGGAUGGUACAAUACGAUGUCUACCCACAGCCAGCCUUUGGUACUACUGUGCUUGGCAGUUGCUGCAACGAUGGUGUAGAACAACUAAUCUCGUUCACAAACACUGCAGCAUUCUCGCAGGCUGGUCUCAAAGCAUGGGCUGGUGUCUCUACCAAAGGCCUAUUUCAUUACAAUGCUCAGGUCUCCGAUCCAUCAACAACAACGGAGAUAGCCCAGUUCGCUGCCAAUAGUCAAGUCAGCAGCAAUUCGACUGCCGCAGUCAUCAACAACUUUAAUGGACGGCAACAGAUGGUCUUUUUCAUCAGUUGGGCCACAGAUUGGUCUCCCACUAGCAACUUCCUUCAACAUGCUUACAUCACCUGGAUGACUCGAGGCCUCUAUGCUGGCUACCGUCGUGUCAACCUCAACACCCAAAUCGAUGACAUGUUCUUGGGCACUGAGAUUUACUAUCCCGGCAAUGGAGCUAACAGUUAUCGAGUAACGCCCACUGACAUGAACGUGAUCAAGUCUUGGGUUCCCACAAUUCAGGCAAAGAUGAACCGAGGUAGCUGGUUCAAACCUGAGAUCGGUCACAAUGGAAAUGGCAACAUAAUUGCUGCAGACCCGGAUGGUAGUCAGGAUGCUGCUUGCAGUGGUGGUCCCAUCUACACGGAAUAUGAAAGUACUCCUUUGGAAUUCAAGAAGCCACUAGGCACUGGCACUAGUGGGUGGCCGUCUUCACCAUCAUCAUAUCCUUUCACCAACAUCUGUCUGAACAAAGACCCAUUGAAGACCUGGUUCGCCACCGCUGCCAAUCGUGACGCAUUCCUGCAUAUCAGUCACACAUUCACCCAUCAAGCUCAGAACAAUGCUACCUACAACGAUAUCUUCAAGGAAAUAAAUUGGAACCAGAGAUGGCUGAAUCAAACCACACUUGCUAAUGGCAACUUUACUGCUAAUGGGCUCAUUCCUCCUGCCAUCACGGGUCUUCACAACGGUGACGCUCUUCGAGCAUGGUGGGACAACGGAAUCAGAAACAGUGUCGGAGACAAUUCACGGACACCUCUGCUUAAUCAACAGAAUCGUAUGUGGCCAUACACUACCAAUGUCGCGAAUGAUGGGUUUGCUGGUAUCACUGUCAUUCCACGCUGGCCUUCACGCAUCUACUACAAUUGUGACACUCCAUCCUGCACACUUCAAGAGUGGAUUGACACUUCCGCAGGUACGGGAGACUUCAACAACCUCAUGGCUCACGAGAAAGCGGACUUCAUGAGACAUUUUUUCGGCUUGUCCAGAGAUGGUGUAAUGUUCCAUCAGCUAAACCUACGAAGCACAGGUAUGAGUCCAAUCACUACACCGUACGGCACGACUGUCAACAGUCUCUUUCAAGCCUGGGUAGAGCAAACAGUCUUUGAGUUUACCAGACUCGUUAACUGGCCUAUGCAGACCUUGAAGCAGGCUGAUCUGGUGACUGCCUUCACGAAUCGUAUGGCUCGUGAUGCUUGUGGCUACAAGAUGAGUUACACGGUAUCCAACAAUGCAAUUACACAGGUGACAGUCAAUGCCAAUGGAAACACCUGCUCAGCCGCCAUUCCAGUGACAGUUCCCGGGUCUGUCACCAACAAUCAAGGAUUUCCUCUGGAGAAGAUCGGGAAUGAUCCUCUGACAAUCUGGGCUAAGCUCAAUGGAUCUCCCAUCACUUUCAUCCUCUCUUCACCUCUUGUUCUGUGA